UUUCCUUGAACUGACCAUUUGUUUCUUACAACUUUUUGGUUCUAAAGUGAAUAUGGUUUCUUUAUAUUCACGCGGUAAUCUGAUUUUGGCGCAGUGGUUGUUAGUGUUCUUAAGAUGGAAAGAGUAUUCUGUUUGUAGCCAAGUCAUCGAGAAGAAAUCUCGCGCGGAGAAACUGUAUACUAAGACUACUGUGUUUGAUAGAAUUAGUUAUCUCUACAAUAAUUCUAUCAUGAGCGAUAUGAAUUUAACCUACGGUGAAAAGGGGCCAGGUGAAAUUUUCUUCGCUCAUAGAUGUAUAUUGGCAGCGGUUAGCCCCGUAUUUUAUGAAAAAUGUUAUGCGGAAUCUUCGAUGAACAAUAUAUCAAGUAUACAUUUGGCAGACAUGAGCGGAGCAACCUUUGCAGGGUUGUUGUCUUUCGUCUAUAAAGAUGAAUGUCCGACGGAUGUGGACAAAGCUUUCGAAGUACUGAGAUUGGCAUUGCAAUAUAAGGUUUUUUCUUUUGUUGAUGCUUGUCAGGAAAAUUUAUUGCCAAAAAUCACGGCAGAAAAAGGAUUUGAGUUGCUGGAAUUACUUAUAGAGUCACAAGCGGAAGCGUUGGUAAAUGCUAGCUGGCAGCUGAUAGACAGAAACCCAAGCGAUUAUUUCACGUCAGAUCAUUUUCUGAACAUCAACCAAGCUACCAUGGAUGCAUUGUUAGCACGUGAAACACUCUGCAGUGACGAGAUGACGAUAUUCCAAGGCGUAAUGAGAUGGGUGGACAAUCAGUGUAGGCUACAAGAUAUUCAGUUAACCCGUGAAAACAGGAGAAAGAUUCUCGGUGAUUCAAUUUAUAAAAUACGGUUUUUAGCAAUGCAGCAGAGUGAAUUUAUCCAAAAAGUUGGUGGAGAACUGCUCACAGAUCUUGAAGUUAUUGCCAUAGUGAAAUUUAUGAAUGGGAUCGAGGUCCCAGACUUAGCAUGGAAUUCGACUUUGUUAAAACGUAGGGGCUCAUGUGGAUAUUGGUUUUUGAGCGCUAGAUUUUGGCUUGUUAUAGGAACAAUAUUGAUAUGUAUAAUAGGAAGCGUAGUCUGCUUUAAUAACAGGGUAAGGCCGGUGCCACCCUAUCAAGAGAGGGUAAGGGGAAAUAUGGAGAAAAACCCCUAUAGGUAUCGAAAUUGGUAGCCCAAUCGAUAUCGGUGCACCAGGCAUGCAAUGCAGGGUCGUUGCUAGACAGCUUAGUUGGGGGGGAGGGGGUGUAUUCAUCAGUGGCGGUUUCAGUGUUAGGCAGAAUAAAUUACUACAGGGUGUCUCAAACGAGCUUUACUAAGUUCUUUGUUUGCGGUAUUCGAUAUUUGUCGAAGGAAGAGUUGGCAACGUUUUGUGAAUUAGAUUCCAAUGGGAGACCAAGAGCUACUCCUGCAAAGGAACUGUCUGAGCUACUGUCCUUAAUCAAUGUCGGAAUAGAAUUGAACCAGUGGGGCUAACAAAACUGUUUGCCAGAAUGCCAGAAAAAGUUGAUUCCCACUCAGUGGGACUGUUCUAAUAUUUUGUAUGACCUCUUUUACGUUUCAAAACAGCUUUGACUUUUUCUGGCAUAGAUUGAAUCAGUUUUGUUAGCACUACUGGUUCAAUUCUAUUCCAACAUUGUUUAAGGACGGUCCACUGGUUUUCUUUAUAUUUUCUUUCCAUCUUCCUUUGCUGGAGUAAAACUCUUGGUCUCCCAGAUUGAAUACGAACCUGCUUCGUAAAACGUUUUCAACUUUUCCUUCGGCACAUGUAUAAAUAACGCUGAGACAUCCCACAUCAAAAAGAAAAAUCCGCAUUUCUUGUAAAAUUUAAAUACCAUACAUACAAAUUAAACAUAGAUAUCAUUUAUUGUCAGAAAACACAGAUUUCGUUUAUUGUCAAUUAAAUUAAAUUAUCAACUGGAUCGACUCUAACUUUUUACUUCCACUGUAUAAAAUUUGUGGCUUUAAAUUAAUUCAAUUCAAUUUGUAGUCAGCGCUACAUAGCAUGC